UGGAAAACAUGUCGCUGCGGUUCUGCUCGAAAUUACUCUCCAGUUCUAUUCACAGAAUGCAACCCUGUCUUCUUGACCUGAAGACCGGAUGUCCGUGUGUUAUAAGGCGGUUCACGUCCGAGCUGAAAGGUAUAAAGCAGAUUAAACCACUAGAUGGCAUUAGAGUCUUAGACCUCACCAGAGUCCUGGCUGGUCCUUUUGCCACAAUGAUCCUGGGGGAUUUGGGGGCAGAGGUCAUCAAAGUAGAGCGACCAGGGCCAGGAGAUGACACAAGAGCGUGGGGACCUCCUUUUGUACGUGAAGAAAGCGCUUAUUUCCUGAGUGUGAACAGGAAUAAAAAGAGCAUUGCUGUUAAUCUUAAAGAUCCGAAGGGAACUAAACUGAUAACGGAGCUUGCCAGAAGUUGUGAUAUACUGGUGGAAAACUAUCUUCCUGGUAAACUGGAUGAGAUGGGACUCGGCUAUAAGGAUAUGAGCAAAGCAGCUCCGCAAAUUGUCUACUGUUCCAUCACAGGCUAUGGUCAGACUGGACCCAAGUCACACAAACCAGGAUAUGACUCUAUAGCAUCUGCGAUGUCUGGGAUGAUGCACAUCACAGGGCCUGAGGAUGGCGAUCCAGUGAGGCCUGGAGUUGCCAUGACAGAUUUGGCCACUGGACUGUAUGCUCAGGGAGCAAUGAUGGCUGGUCUGCUGCAGAGACAGAGGACUGGACGAGGUCUUCACAUCGACUGCAACCUGCUCUCAUCUCAGGUGGCUUGUCUCACGCACAUCGCUGCAAACUACCUCAACGCAGGACAGGAGGCAAGGCGAUGGGGAACGGCUCACGAGAGUAUCGUCCCGUAUCAGGGCUUCAAAACAAGAGACGGAUAUAUUGUUGUGGCUGCAGGGAACGAUCAUCAGUUUGUUAAAGUGUGCAAAGUCCUGAACCUAAACGAGCUGGCAGAAAAUCCCAAGUACAAGACCAACACAUUACGAGUCAAGCACCGCAAAGAGCUGCUGCAGCUUCUGGCUGCGAGGUUCUCUGAGGAGUCCACUGCUAAGUGGCUGGGACACUUCGAAGGCACCGGAGUCCCCUGUGGUCCCAUUAACACCAUCCAGCAGGUGUUCUCCGACCCACAGGUUGUUCAUAAUGGCCUCAUUUUGGAGAUGGACCAUCCUACUUCAGGAAGGAUUGCAGUACCAGGUCCGGCUGUCCGAUUCAACAGUUUUGAGUUUGACAAGCCUACUCCGCCCCCUGUGAUUGGUCAGCACACAGUCGAGGUCUUGAAGGGCAUCCUGGGCUACAGUGAUGAUGUCAUCAACCAACUGCUGGCUUCACGGACCGUUGCUCAAAAUACAGUUUAUUAAUGCCAGUGAACAAAGCAUGACGAAGCCCACUCCCAAAAAAUGAUCAUACAGCCUCAUCUUACCAAAUAAACACUUGCUGCUCUAACACACACACACACGCACACCGACAUGACACUGCAGGAGAAAUAUUGUUCCACCUCCCACACUCAACGGUUAUGUUUUAGAAAUUAAUCGUCCAAAAAAAGCCAACUGAAAGCAAGCCGCAAAUGUAACAAUAACAACAGAAUGACGCAUGAGGAGCCUCGGAGGCUCUGGUCUGCCAGUUGGCGUGUCCACUGAAAUGCGGUCUGGCUCUGUGACCUGUGCUCACAUUUACAUCACCUCACAGUCUUCUUCCUGUUUUAUUGAUCAAUAACGUAUGCAGACUCUCUGCUGGAUAAGCUUUUAAAUCAAAUGUUCAGUUCAGUGGAAUGGAAAGAAGGAAAAUCUGUUCCUCAGUUCUUUGGGCUGUCUCGUCAGCUUUCAAGCUCACUUUUCAUCACCAUUUUGGCUAAAUUCACAAUCUCUCACUAUACACCUAGUCGAGAGUGGAAAUACCCUUCGGCACAUGUGGAAAUACCCUACGGUAAACAAUAAACGGUACACCUCAUAACGUUCGCCUAGUCUGAAUUAAAGUGAAAUUGAAAUUGAUCCAGUUUAACGCUCCACAAAUUUAAGUGGAUUAAAAAAAAAUCAGGCAGAGGAGCAUCUGUGACUGGAAACAUAUUGUCACUUCUUGUAAUUAGUUCAGUCUAACCCUAAUCUAUAAUAGAACUGCACUAUGGUUCACCUGGAAGCAGACAAAGAUAAUCUCUCACAGGAAGUGUUUGACUUUGUCCGAGCGUGAUUGAUGUUUUUAUAUCUAAGAAUCCAAGCCAAGAAGCCUUUAUUUGUCACACGUACACUCAAGCACAGACUUAAGCGCACAGUGAAAUUUAACCUCUGCAUUUAACCGAUCAGAAGCAGUGAACACACACAUGCACACACAAGUGAGCAAUGAACACACACACCUACCCAGAGCAGGACCCAUACCCAGAACAUGUCCAAACGAAUCACACUGAGAAGGUACCGUUCAUUUUAUUCAUGUUUAAUGCAAACAAAAGAGUAGUCUUAGUCAUGUGCUUUCAUUUUCAAUCAGAAUUAUUCAAAAAAAAUCAUUAGAUUUUUUUAAACUUAUUGUUAGGGUUUUUUUUUCUUUUAGGUUCAGCUUCUGCGGUGAAUUUGCCACCAACAUUUUUUUUUUAUUAUUAAUUAUUAUUUUAUUUGAUUUUUUAGCUUCAGCUUCUGUGGUGAAUUUGCCACCAACAUUUUUUAUUACUAUUUAUUUUAUUUUAUUUGUUUGGUUUUUUUAGCUUCAGUUUCUGUGGUGAAUUUACCACCAAGGUUUUUUUUUACUUUCUGGUAAACAUUUCGAAUUAUAUGCAGGAUUAUAUUUAGCAGCAGUGAUGUCAGGCCUAGGAAAGUACCAAAUUAAAUUUGCCUGAAAGCUUAUGUCAGCUACCCUUUUACCCCAGCUGCUGAAACUGAGCUGACGACUUUCCUGCUCAUACACCCUCUUUGUUUCUGAGCGUGAGCAAAAUUCCAAUUAGUUUGAUUUUUUUUAACCAUUUUACAUGCACUAUUUUUGUCAUUAUCUUCUAUAGUGAUUUUUUUUUUUUUUUUUUUUUUAGCUAAACAGUAAAAAAGUAAGAAUUGUACGACGGAGCAUUAGGGCCAUUCAUGAAGGAGAAGAUAUUUUUUGAUAUGACGAGAUUAAAGUCAACAUGUCGACAUUAAACUCGAAAUUCCGAGAAUAAAGUUGAAAUUGGAUGUCGACUUUAAUCUUGAUGGGUCGACUUUAAACUUGGAAAUGUUUAUAAAGUUGAUGUCAAGUCGACUUUAAUCUCGACAAAUACGUUAAAUGUCGAGAAAAAAAGUUUAUUUUUUUUCUGAGUUUUGCAUGCAGAGAGAGCACUGCUCCACACUGAAUCAGACCAAGUACUCAACAUGCCACCCGUGGACAAUUUGGUGAAAUUAUACUUUGGUAUUGGAUUAAGCAACAAAGAAAUACUCGCUGUUUUAGCGCAGAACCACGGUGUGGUAAUAAGUAUUAGGACGCUGAAAAGAUUGUGCCAAAAACUCCGUCUUUUUAGGAGGAAAAACUACACCGACUUAGAGGAAGUGGCCGCAUUCUUGCAAAGCGCAAUAUCUUCUCCUUCAUGAAUGGCCCUCAUGCUCCUGUCAACAUGUCGAGUUUAAAGUCGACCCAUCAAGAUUAAAGUCGACAUCCAAUUUCAACUUUAUUCUCGGAAUUUCGAGUUUAAUGUCGACAUGUUGACUUUAAUCUCGUCAUAUCAAAAAAUAUCUUCUCCUUCAUGAAUGGCCCUAAUGCUCCGUCGUAGAAUUGGCACAAUGACUACACUACAAAUAAUUUUCUAAUGAAUCAUUUGAUUAUCUAAUUUGUACAUUUUUAUCAUACUCAUGACACACGGGCACAUUGAAAAGAAGCCAAGACUAGUUUCUGAUAAUGUUUUGGGUUGUUGUUGUUUUUUUUUCGUGUUUGUAUGAUAAAAUCUCACAAUGUUAUAAAUGGAUAAAUAACACAAGGUUGACUUGGUGGUCUUGCUGGCAGAACUUAUAUCCAUCAACUGUGAAUAAGCCACUCUCCUGAUAAGUGUCGCUUUUUUAAACUAGCUGGAAGUAGCAGUGAAGUGCCCGUAAACUACGAUUUACACACAAACUACGAUUUUACAUCAUUUUGCUUGCUUUCCUUGAACAUCAUGCUGCUAGAAAUACAUACAGAAUAAAUCAGCACACCACAAAGUGACUUACAGCUUAUUCAGAAAAUAAAAGGAAGUGGAAGCUUGACUGUCAUUUGGACACAUUUUUCUUUCCCGAGCACUAGUAUUGUUCACGAGUUUGUUUACUUUGCCAGGAAGAUGUCCACCCAUGCACUACAGAUCAGGUGGGAAAAAGGAGGAUUUGUAGCUUUAUAUUUUAAAUAUCGGAAUUAAUUAAACUGUGUAAUUUAUAUUUAAAUUGAAUUAUUAAAAUUUGUGAUGUGAUGUAUAUUUCUUGUAUUUAUCAUAAAUUCAUAAAUGUGUGUUUAAUGACAAUUUUUUUCAAGAUUUGAAACCAUGUCGCAAGGGGCUUUACUGUAUGUUAAACGUUUUCAUAAUCUCAGGUAACGUUUAAGCUAAUUAAUAACAUACAGUGUUGCAGAAUUAAUAAUAUUAAAA